AUGAGCGCUGAUUCACCAGAUUCCUCAGUCACAUGGUCUGAUUAUUCGAUAAGCGAGGACGAAGCCUAUGUUUACUGUCGAGUAGGAAGUAGUCCCAACAAAAAAGCUGUUGCCAAAGAAGCUGCAACUCCAGAGCCUACCAUCGAGUCGUGGAAAACGUGUAGAGAUUCGGGAUUUGUUGAUCACGUGCAGCUUCUGAAUCGUACUCAAUCGGCGAUUUCGUGCAAUCACUAUGAGGACCAUGUAUAUUACAAUUUACUGCCCUAUCAGGAGAAGGGGUACAAGAAUCACCAAUCAUCGGAGAAUCUAUUUGGUCGUGAAGAUCAUGACUACACAUAUCCUGCUCUUACCAUAGGAAGCACAGAAGAUGUCAAAAUCCGAGCGCUCAAAGAAGGACCAUAUUCGAGACGUACCAGAAGAAAACUUCGACGGUACGGCAGUCAGCUGAGCACGCUUUCCGUGAAGACCGUUGUCAAUGGAGCUCGCCCUUAUCGUGGAUGCCAAGAAGGGCUGACGACUCCCCAUGUGACGGCUAUUUUCAAGAAAACAAUUUCUCAAAGACGGCUCUGCGUAGAGUGUAGAGAGGAGGAAUUGCAAAAGCUUGAGAAAUCAGAAGGAGUAACAGCUGAAUGUGAGAGUGUUCGUAAGACCAAGGAUAACGAAGCGAUCGAAUUAUAUGCUCGUCUAAUCGUCAUCGCAAUGGAAGAAUUACGAGCUGAGCCCGACGGAACAGAGCGGACCGCAGCAUUCCAGCGGAAGAUCGAGAGGAUUUUACGACUACGGACAGGACUCGAUCUGUCUGCACCCAAUGAUGACGACUUCAAGAAGACUGCAACAUUGUUUGAGACGUUAGUGGAGAGGCGUCUUCGUGCAAUCAACGACAUCUCACCGUCAAGUUGUCAGAAGAUCGCUGACAAGCUGUGCCUCACACAAAGUGCUGCUCGUCGACCGAAGACACCCUUCGUACAUUUUGGUUCCAUACGAAGGGGUAUUAGGAAAUUUCUCGGAUUCCUCUGA